GCCCGAGCUCUCCAUCCCGCUCCAUCACGCCAUGAGUAUGUCCUGCGACUCGUCCCCGCCCGGCAUGGGCAUGAGCAACACCUACACCACGCUGACACCGCUCCAGCCACUGCCGCCCAUCUCCACCGUUUCGGACAAGUUCCACCACCCGCACCCGCACCACCACCCGCACCACCACCACCACCACCACCACCAGCGCCUGUCAGGCAACGUCAGCGGCAGCUUCACUCUCAUGCGCGACGAGCGCGGGCUUCCGGCCAUGAACAACCUCUACAGUCCCUACAAGGAGAUGCCUGGCAUGAGCCAGAGCCUGUCCCCGCUGGCCGCCACACCGCUGGGCAAUGGGCUGGGCGGCCUCCACAACGCGCAGCAGAGCCUGCCUAACUACGGGCCCCCUGGCCACGACAAAAUGCUCAGCCCCAACUUCGACGCGCACCACACUGCCAUGCUGACCCGCGGUGAGCAACACCUGUCCCGCGGCCUGGGCACCCCGCCCGCGGCCAUGAUGUCGCACCUCAACGGCCUGCACCACCCGGGCCACGCUCAGUCCCAUGGGCCUGUGCUGGCGCCCAGCCGCGAGAGGCCACCCUCGUCCUCUUCGGGAUCGCAAGUGGCCACAUCAGGCCAGCUGGAGGAGAUCAACACCAAAGAGGUGGCCCAGCGCAUCACCGCCGAGCUGAAGCGCUACAGCAUCCCACAGGCGAUCUUCGCGCAGAGGGUGUUGUGCCGGUCUCAGGGGACUCUCUCCGACCUGCUCCGGAACCCGAAACCGUGGAGUAAACUCAAAUCUGGCAGGGAGACCUUCCGCAGGAUGUGGAAGUGGCUGCAGGAGCCCGAGUUCCAGCGCAUGUCCGCCUUACGCCUGGCAGCGUGCAAACGCAAAGAGCAAGAACCAAAUAAAGACAGGAACAAUUCCCAGAAGAAAUCCCGCCUGGUGUUCACCGACCUCCAGCGCCGAACACUCUUUGCCAUCUUCAAAGAGAACAAACGCCCGUCCAAAGAGAUGCAGAUCACCAUUUCCCAGCAGCUGGGCCUGGAGCUCACAACUGUCAGCAACUUCUUCAUGAACGCCCGGCGCCGCAGCCUGGAGAAGUGGCAGGACGAUCUGAGCACAGGGGGCUCCUCGUCCACCUCCAGCACUUGUACCAAAGCGUGAUGGAAGGACUCUCAGUUGGGCACAAGUCACCUCCAAAUGAGGACAACAGAUACCAAAAGAAAACACAAAGGAAAAAGACACCGGAUUCUUAGCUGGGGCCCUUCACUGGUGAUUUGAAAGCACAAUUCUCUUGAAAAGAAAACUUCUAUUCUAGCUGUAAUCAUAGACCAGGUGUUCUUUUUUGUUUGUUUGUUUUUAAUGGCUAUGGAGUCCAAGUGCAAGCUGAAAAUUAAUCUCUUGGAACCGGACAUUGUCCUCUGAGUGAGCAUGCUAAGUACCCCAGAAACCCAAAUGGGACCUUCCUGGAGCAAGUGAAUUUCAUUGUGGUGUCAGCCAAGCUUAAGAUUGCUUAGAACGUCAACAGUCCCACUUUGGGUCCUGUUAACCUCUUGCAGUCGGAGUUCCUGUGAGUAAUAGUGGGACUUUGGCCUGUGUAAGGACUCUUGAGUUUGGGCUCCCAAGAAGCUACAAAUAAGAGGAGAAUCUAGCAACAAGAAUGACCUCAUUUGCUUUCCAAGUGCUUAGCCUCAUCAUACCAUAGUACACCAACAUUCGCAGCCAUAACAUUAAAAAAAAACCAUCAGAAGGACAAUUACUGAGCACAAGUUUUAAAUAUGGAAGUUAAAAAAAAAAUCCAAGGACCUGUUUUUCCAACUCAGGCAUCUUUUUCAUUGAAUGGUUUAGAAAGCUUUAAGUUGAUCUCAUUUACCAUUUCCUUUUUCUUACCUCCUGGAAAUCUCACAUGUCUUGGAUCCAUCAAAAAAAAACAAAACAGAUCAGUUCACUUGAGCUCAAAGUAUCAAGCACAACGAAGAUAAACAGAGAAGUAAGGAAGGUUCUGGAUUCACUGCAUCUGGAUUUUCAAGACGCCAGUUGGGAAGUCAUUAGGGAAUCAUUAGGAAUAUGGCUUCAAGCACAUUUUGCCGUUUGCUACAAAUUCUGUUUGUACAUAAUGCAGACGCACACUCAGGAGGCCAACUUAACUGUUACGGUACAUGGAGCAAAUGCAGCAUUUUAAAAGCUCUAGAUUAUUUUAGAUCAUUAAUGUAUCCUUCUUGGUUAUCCAUCACCUGGUCGCUCCUACUAUACAUUAUGACCACCACAUAAUACAUUCUCAUUCUUUCAGAUUUGGGUUGUUCCCUUGUCCAUCCCAUUGGUAGGGGUGUUUUCAGUGUUUCCUAGCAAGGAAGAAAGAAGUCAUUCAAACCGCCAUAUGUGUUACUCAUCACUGUCAUGUAGUCCUGAAUCUCUUCCAUUGUUGAAUCAUCCUAGCAAAACAGCUGACUAAAUCUGGAGAAAACGCAGCACACCAAAGAAGCAGGAUACUGCAAACCAAAGACAUUUACUACUUGCCAUUUUCUAGCCUAAAAAUACUGUGAUUACUUUUAGAAGUCAGAAAGCCUCUGCAACUCCAAAUGGCAUUCAGCUCUUGCAUUUGGCUCACCAUUGGGCUGAGCGGACCGGCUAUGCCAAAGACGUUCGCCAAGCCACCCAGCGAGUAGUUCCUGGCUGUCACCUUCCCACAGCAAGCGGAAGAGCGCCCACAGAACCCUGGGAGAUUGCAAGGGUCACCAUGUGUGUAUUUACCAGUGAAUGGCCCCAGGUGGGCACCACAGGGGUGUUCAAAGCAAGCCAAACGCUGCAAUGAUUCUUUACAGACACUUGAGACUGACUUUUUUUAUGAAUUACUUAAUCGAAACCAAAGAAACUUUUUCUGCACCUACUUCUGCAACAAACAAAACUGUCCCAUUAAAAUGAGUAAAUAAGUAAAUACAUAAAUCAAUGAAAAUCACCACCAACAAGAAGGAAGCACGCCAGGAAAAAAAAAACCAAAAACCAGAAAUGGAAAAACAGCGAAACACACUGUGUUCAAACAGACCUCUGGGACAUUUUUUGGAAGCAGAUUUUAAAGAAAGGGUUGAGACAGGAAUAGGAAUAAGGAAAAGCCUCCGUGGCUGCUGCUUCAUUUGACAACUCACGCGGUAAUCUUAAAGUUGAAGAUUGUCUUUAAUUUGUGCCUAUGCAGUUUUUCAAAAGAACACGGAACAGAGCAACAGAAACCUCAACAGCUACAAUACCAAAGAUGAGGAUUUCUCACACCUUUUGUUUCAGUUCAUUAUCUCCUCUUGCCUGGCUUAAAUACUAAUAGCGCCAUUGAUCUGUGUAAAGGUAAUCAAUUUUGUUUCUGAGCAACGAAAGGAAAGGGUCAUUUAUUUGAUUUUAUUGUUUUCCUUUAAUUUUGUUUUAUGGCUUUCUACCCAACAUGGAAUCUCUCAAAAGGUUCCGUGGACUCCAAGUUUAAGGUGUUGGGAAACUGAACCAUUCUCUUUCUGCUCCGCAGAGUGUGGGGAAUAAUAUUGUCCCUUGAAUGUUCUUUGCUUAACCCUUAGUCUUGGGUCCUUCUAUGUUCAGAGUCUCAGCAUCAGGGGAGGGAAGGGGGGUUGAGGGUCAGGGGUAGGGGUCUUGGUGACACAUCCUCUCCCGAGCCACAGAACCAAAGAAUUUAUAGAGGAAUUGACAGCCUCAUCUUCAUGUGAUUGCUACAUCCUAACAGGGCUUCAUUUGGGGGUGGGGAGAAACAUGUAAAAAUAAUUGUCAGUUUCUACUUUUCUAUUAGCUUUUUAAAAAUCAGCUGUAAAGUUGCAUUUCUAAAGAAAGAUAUAUAUAAUAUAUAUGAAUACAUAUAUAGAUUCAGCUUGACAUUGGUGAUAACCCCAAAUUAUUGCUGUCCAAAUUCAUGUCUUGUUUUUGUCAAGUGCUUCAUCUAUUAAGUACCCAGUUCAGAAUUCUGCUCAUUUCUCAUGCCAUCCCAGAGUACGUUUGCUGCUGCGGAUGAUUUGGAGUAUUCAGAUUUCUGUGAAAGUCCCUGGAGAUGGUUGAAAGCCAAGUUCAAGCCUUUCAGCAUUUAACCUGUUGAUAAAUGGAUCCAUGGUACAAAUGAAUUUUAUUUGUAUUUUGAGUCAUCUCUAUUCUACGCCUCAAGCAUGAUCUAGGUGGUGAGUGAGGUCCAUCCACCAGACCUGGGCCGUGGUUAGUGGGGUGCUCCUCUUCUGUAACUGCUGGGAAAGCUCAGUGGUCUGUUCCCACCCGUUACAGAGAUGAGGCCAGCCCAGAAUCUGUUCUCCAGGAACUGCCCUAUCCCAUUGGGGUGUUCCCAGAUCCCCCUCAUUGAGUAGAUCCACCAAAGGGACUUCUCAGAGGGGAAGUCCAACUUCUGCUGCAGUGAGUUGAUCAGGUUUUCUCAGGGUAGUAAUUACCAAUUUGUUCAGACAAGCCUGUGUGCAUCCACAGCUGGCACUGGGGUGAGGCAGUGCUGUUGGGGGUGGGGGUGUCUCAAUCCUAGAGAGAAAACACAAAGCAGGGUUUGGGGAGAAUCCUAGCAUCCUGCCUUUGGGAGCCCCACUGUCCAUGGUGCCACCUCCUUGCUCCCACCACGUGGGGUCUCCCUUUGCAGGGGCAGCAGCCAUGGAGCCAUGAAAGGAAGUGAUUUUCCAUGGCUUUUGUAAUUCAUCCUAUUUAGGGAUAUUCCUUGGCUUUGUCCUGUGUCCCUUUGUCUCUGUCAAAUGACUAAGAGAAGAGCAUAUUUCAGCAGGGGAACAUGCCUCUGGGUUGAUAAAAAUGAAUUUCAUCUUGGCUCUUUCUAAAUGAAUCCUUGUGACGUGUGGCCCAAUGGAAAUGGUUGUUCUUCUCGAGAUUAUAUUGGUUGGUGAUUCUUUGGCAGCUUAAUCUCAGCAUUUCGGGCUCUGGCAUCCUAUGAAGAUGUCUAAACCAAAAGAGGCUGUCUUUGUGGCCUGAGAUUUCAACAUUGGUCAAACCAGGUAUAGUCACACACACACCCUCAGGGUUCCUGGUGACCAGAGGAAGAUGUCAUAAUGUAGAAAGGCAAGAACUUCCUUCCAAGGACUUCUGAUAAAUGUCUCACACUAGGUAAUGUGCUACUAGAGAGAAGUGCUUGCUUCUUAAAAAUUCUCUACAUACAUAUAUAAAUACAUGUGUGUACCUAUAUCUUUGUUUCAAAAAGUGAAGCCCUACAGAAUUUCAAUUUGUUAAAAAUUGGGAAGGAAAAAAAAACCCUGCAAACUGAAAGGUAGUGGAAUUUGACCCAGUAAGUUUCCUUCAAGCAUUUUAAAAACUUAUUUUCAGUUAAUAAUGUCAGGGGAAAAAAAAAUAACUGUUUGGACUGGUUAUUAUUCAGGAUCCGUUUUCUCAAUCCAAAAAAAAAAAUCCAGGCAUGCCUCGGCCACCAGCAAUGAAAAAGGCAGUGUGCAGGGGCAGUUCCAACCCAAAAUUCCCAUUCUUUUUUUUUUCCUUGAUUAAAAAGAUACAUUUUUUUUAAGUUUUUGGUUUUAUUUUGGUUUCAAUGCCAAGCAUUGAGAAUUAUUCAGAAUUUGAGUUGUGUUACUUUUUGUUUAACAAAAUACUGCUGCUCUGAAAUAAAUUUCAUUUUCAGAGUGACUAGUAAUUAAAAUAAAACAUGAAAAUGGAAGCUGCACAAAAUUCCCAUUCUUGAGACAACAGAAAUCCAAAGGCUAAUGAGUGGGAAAUACUUUUCUUUGUUUCUUUAGAGAAAUAAGCUUGCUUUAUUUUUAUUUUCAAUGUGAUUUUGGUACUAGAAGUAUACUUCGUUCAUUCUAGGAAAUUUUUAUUAAAAAAAAAGAGCCAAUAUAUUUCUUUUGGAAAAGAAAACAGCAAGAACAAUAAAAACUUGUCCACGGUAUUUAAAGGCUUUUCCAAAAUGUUAAAUAGUGUGUAGGUUGAACCACUUAACGGCACAGGCGAGAUGAGCCAAGAAGGCCCCAGCCUGACGCUUUGUCUGGAGAAAUCAAAGCGUCUCCUCUGCAGCAUCUCAUUCCCCACAGGCGCUUGGCAAUUGUGGGCUUAGGAAAUUCAAGCUAAUCAUUAUUUCUAGCUAAAAUAAAAUCAGAAUUAGGGAGGUAAAUCUGAUACCGCACACACACACGCAUUUUUGUAAGUCAGACAACGUAUUUCAAAGACAAACAUAAAUCCCUUUUAGAUAAUCAACCAUUUUACCCAGCAUAGAUAAAUUAAAUUCAUGCCCAUAAGUUAAAGUUGAAUUUUUUUUUUAAUAUCACCACCACCUGGCGCAGGGGGGCACUUGCCCACUUUUGAAAAUGCUUUUAGAAUUACAGAAGUGUCUGUCUGAUCACCGUUACCGAAGUGUCGUGACAGUAUACCUUUGCGGUGAACUUUUGAUUUUCAGGAGGUUGUAUAGUAUGAAUCUUUCAAAAUAGAAAAAGAAUCUGCUGGGUUCCAGUGUUGUUGAAGAACAAUGGAGUAUAUGAAAAAGUAGAGAAAAAGGGCUGAUACAUGUGGUCAAGGUUGACCCCAAAGCCCAGACACAAGGACUGUGACAAUAACUGUCACGACUCCUAACAGAUCAGAGCUGACUUUUUGUUGUUGUUUUUGCUGCUGCUGCCUCGUGAUCCAGGCUUGUUAGCCUAACCAGGAAGAGAGAGUGGAAGGUGGUAGACAGAAGGGGUGGAGCUGGUGUGCCUGUAAUGUUCCGACGUUUACCUGUAAGACUGGAGAGCUUAAUAAUGUACAUUUAGCUAAGACCAGGUCACCUCUAAAACAACAGGAGAUUCUUGUUUUCAAAUAAGGCCACAAAAUCCGUGCUAGAGGAAGAAGGUGCACCCGACUUUGCUGUGUAAAUUUCAUAAGUUAACGAUGGCUUUAAAUAUGGAUGUCCCAUGUCUAUUUUCUACCUACAAUGUGUUUCUUUCCAGGGGCAGGGGGAAGGGAGAGGGUUUGUUUAUUUGUUUUAGAAAGUCUCAGAAUGGGUUAUAAAAUAUAAAAAUAAUUAUUGAAAUAGCAGAAGGCCUCACAUAGGUAGACACAAAACUUACGAUUGAGGCUGAUGGGCUAUUGCAUGAAUCCCAUGGGAACCACAAGUGUUCAUUGUUCUCAGAUACCAAAAAGUCUCUGAAAGUCUGAGGCAAGUUAAAGCUAGAGCCUAAGCUUUCCGUACAGGUUUUUGAGCUUGGUUGACUGGAAUUAACCAGCUAACCCCUUUUUAGUGGGGAAAAUGUGUAUAGCAAAAAAAAAAAAAAUUCAUCGCUACAGGUCUGUCCAUUCUGUGGAAGUCUUCCACUCUGCUCUGUCUUUAGCAGCAGGCGUUCCACACAGCAGAAACCUUGGUAGAUGAGUUUGCCUGAAUUUUAUACAGUCUGUCAGCUUGGAUGUGUAGAGGUGUAGAUACAUCUUUCAGCAUGUAUUCUCAUGGAUGUCCCCAAAGCAACUCAUAUCACCUGUGAGUGUCUAGACUGCAGACACAUGCACAGACACCUCCAUACAUACAUACAUACUGUCAUCUGUUACAAUAAAUAAAUUUUAAACAAUCAUUUUAGCAUGUAUGUGGUACUUCUACAAUGUACAUUGUUUUUAUUAUUUAUUGUAACAUUGAAAACAAAAGUGCAGGAAAAAGAAAAAAGUACCCCAACAUCCUCAUUCUGUCUAUUCAGAAUUACUUUCAUUUGGGCACAUCCAAGAUAAACUCAACUUUCAAGAAACCUUGGCUAUUAUUUAAUCAUCCGUGUAAGAUUGACAUAUGUGCUUGAGGACUUCGGUUGAAUAGCUUUAUUCUGGAUCUGUCAUAACUAAAGCUGAAUCCAAAGACCUGAAAAAGGACACACAACCAAAAAAAAAAAAAAAAAAAAAAGGAAGAAAAAGAAAAAAAAAUAGAAGGAAACUUAGCAAAGCAAAGCGCAAACUAGUGAGGAAUAAGUGGGCUCUGGUUUCCAGGGUUAAGACAAAGGUGACAUGGAAUUGUGGGGCUGUGCUAGCUAGAGGGGGAAUGUGGUAAUUUUCUUUCAUGCUUGUCACAUUUAAAUGGUCUCCAUGAACGUGAGAAAGUUUAGAGGUUAUAAUUCCCUGCUUUAUUUUCAUUGACUAUUGAAAGAGGCUGUAUAUUUCGUCCAUCAGAAAAUGAAGACAGUCAAACUUUCUUUUUUUCUUACCCCUUUGGGUUAUGACCCAACAAGCUAAGUAUGUAAUUAACUAAUUUAAAUUAGUUUUUUAGCACACAAGUGUAUAGGAUUUUGGUAAUUAUUUAAUCAUAUUUCCUUUGAUUUUAAUUCUUUGUCCUUAUUUAUCAAAAUCUAGACCAGUGGUGCAUCAGAGAUGCAAAGUCCCUUUUAGCAUUCCCUUGAGUCUUAGUUUGCUUUAUAAAGCAGUGAAAUUCUGUUACAGACAGGGAAGAAAUACAGGUUACAAAAAAAAAAAGCAAGGUAUUGUUCCUUCUUGAAUUAACUUUGAAAAUAGUUUAAAUAACAGUUAUUAAAUUAUUUAAGUUCCCAGCCCCACCUGGUACCAGGCGAAUUUCACCUUUUAAUUAUGGGGCCCUCAGAGCCUUCAUAUUGUAACUUAUUUAUUUAACUUAUUCAGCAUCUGCUAAAGGUGCACUAUAGAGUUUAUAUUUUUUAUUUAAAACAACAGAGAGCGCUACAGUUUGUUUGCUGUCAGAACAACAGAGCAAAGUUUGUGGACAAGCAGUGACCAUUCAACCUGAACCUUUCUGCAUUCAGAAAACGUUAAGCCGAGACCCUGCUUCACCAGCCUGGAUUUCGGGGCUUCUAUACAGAAACUGGAAAAAUACAUUUAAAAAAAAAUCAGAACAGCAAAAAGAGAGAAACCCUGACACUAGCUGCUUCCAAGAAUGAACUCUGUGUGUGUGUAAAACAACAAAACAAAAAAGGAAAAAAAAAAGCAGAAAAAAGAAAAAAAAAAGGAAAAACUUUCUAUUUCUAGUGAGAACCAAAGAAGGCUACCUCACUGACUUUUUCCAUUUGUAAUUUUAAUCGUGUUGAUGACACCAAAGAUACCAAAGAUUUCUUUCUCUGUGCGGUCUGCAUUUUGCUUGUGCUCUUUUAUAAUUUUAACUGUUCUCUCUGACAUACGGUAUGUACAGCCACAGCUCAGAUACCCCAAAGAAAUCGUUCUCUCUGUGACGGUGGCUGCUAAUUGGAAAGGGAUAUUUUCUGUGUUUCCCUCAUUCGUUUGCUGUCCCCUCCACACAUUCAGGAUGCACGUUCAGAGGCUGCCAUAAUUGGAUUCCUUAAAUUCCAAUUCCAAAUUGGUGAAGAAGCCUGGUUGGAAGUGGCCUUCAGUCCUCGCCCCGACCUCUGUCCCCUCUUUGGAGCUAUCAUAGUCAAGAUUUCCAAUGAUUGGCUCAUAGAAAUUCUAAUCAUUGAAUAGCAGAGCUGGAAGGGACCUUAGGAGUCUUUCAGGAAGCCUGGAGGAGUGAAACAGUUAUCCAAGGCAAGUAACUCUAGAGACAAAGCCCAGACAAGCCUCCUGCCUUCCGCUCUAGUGCUGUACCCAUUGCUCAGUGCUGCCGAGAUGAGCCACAGUUUGGCAAAGAAGAAGGUAGCAAUCCUUUAGCAGUGAGGAGGGCCUGAGGCUUGUCACUUAACAUUUCCACCCUGUAAAAAGAGUCGCAGGCAUUUCAGUGCCUGUCUAGUUAGAACCCCAACAAAAAGCCACAUAUGAUCAGUUGCUUGUAAAGGUGGCCAGCCUUGCUACGUCAGGGCUCAUGGAGGGGUUUUCGCCAUGGAAGUACACAGUGGUCCAGUGUGAUCACUGUUGAACCUCCCUGCUCCAGAGUGUUGUCUAUAUAAGCUUUUAAUUCAGCGAGAAGAGGAAGUUCAUUCUUGGUCUGUUGAGUUUAAUUAUUAUGGAUACAUUUAGGUCAGUAAGAGAGAAGGGGAAUUUGAUCACCGCUUGCACGUGUGACUUUUAAGCUGUUCGGCUUUUUCCUUUUCUUCUUUACUUGUACACGUUGAUAUAUCGUUUUUAUAUCAACUCUGUAUCAAUAUCUAUCCUGUAUCUAUAAGAGAUACCUAAGCCUUGGAUGCUGAAAAAGUAUUCAUUGUAAACAAAAGAUGUCCCCCAAAUUUCAGAGGAAUAGAUACGCCAGUUUAAGAAGUGAUUAUUUAAAAGUUGCUUCUCUCUUCCCUUCUUACUCAUGAGAUUAAUUGGUCUUUUUCUAAGUUUCUCCUGAGUCCAUCAAAUGAUUAAAUCACUGUUAAGAUUCAUUCUUCAGAGUGAUUUGUCUGUUAGCCAAUGAAUCAUUCUCAGCAAAUGAAUUCAGACAUAUGCAAAGAUCAGCCUCUAGUCUGCGUAGUUCUUUACUGAGUACUAGUAUUUUGCAUUCCAUGUGUGUUCUCUUUGAGCUUUUUUAAGAGACCAUUUAGACAAAGAAGCUAAGAAGGGAAAAGACCAAUCAACUCAUCUGGUCCG